CAACAAAAGUUUGCGAAUCGCAUUGUUGUUAUUUUUAAUUUUAAACUAAUUCAUUAAUUUUUUAACAAAACAUCUACCAAAACUGGUGCUAAAUAUCCCAGGGACGAUAAGUUACAAUGUGCUACGUAAUUAUUACCGGUCGCAGCCUAGCAUGGCUGCUGUUGAGUUUGGUUGCGUUUAUGCUAAUUUUAACCGGUAUCAUGACGCCAAAGUGGCUUUUAGGGCAGCCCGUUGUAUUAAAUGAGAAGAAUGUCACUAAAUUCUACGUCCCAAGCGUUGGGAUAUACAAUAGAUGUAUACGUAUGAGACAUGACCAUUACAACUGCGCUCCAUUCUCGCUGUAUGGACUGGCUACAGAUUCUGAGGUGUACCCUAAGCCAUGGAAGGCGGCUUUGUUCUUCUUGUCUUUAUGUGCAGCUAUACAAUUCGCAACAGUAUUAGCAGGUGUUAUGGCGUGCUGCGUCCAGUCUGUUUUUAAGAAAAGUGUUAUUUCACUGGCGGGUGCUACACAGGCUUUGGGAGGUUUCUUUGGCGUGCUAGGCUUGCUCCUAUAUCCCUGGGGUUGGGGAUCAUCCAGGGUCAAGCGUCUGUGUGGAGAGUACUCCGAACCUUACAUUCCUGGAGAAUGUUCUAUUGGAUGGGCGCUAUUUGUAACAGCUACAGGCAUAGCACAGAUAUUCCUAGCUAGUGCAUUGUCAAAAACCGCUGACAAAGCGGCCAAUUCCGACAAAGUCCAAUUCCAAAUGGACGAAGGCAACCAACUGAUCUGUAUCGCUUGAUUACGCCAUCUAUCGGCCGGAGAUUGGAACUUCCUGGUAACAUAAUAAAAUUAUAAGAAGAUUGCGUAGCACAAAUAUUCCUAGCUAGUGCAUUGUCAAAAACCGCUGACAAAGCGGCCAAUUCUGACAAAGUCCAGUUCCAAAUGGACGAAGGCAACCAACUGAUCUGUAUCGCUUGAUUACGCCAUCUAUCGGCCGAAGAUUGGAACUUCCUGGUAACAUAAUAAAAUUAUAAGAAGAUUGCGUAGCACAAAUAUUCCUAGCUAGUGCAUUGUCAAAAACCGCUGACAAAGCGGCCAAUUCUGACAAAGUCCAAUUCCAAAUGGACGAAGGCAACCAACUGAUCUGUAUCGCUUGAUUACGCCAUCUAUCGGCCGAAGAUAGGAAUUUCCUGGUAACAUAAUAAAAUUAUAAGAAGAUUGCGUAGCACAAAUAUUCCUAGCUAGUGCAUUGUCAAAAACCGCUGACAAAGCGGCCAAUUCCGACAAAGUCCAGUUCCAAAUGGAUGAAGGCAACCAACUGAUCUUGUAUCUCUUGAUUACGCCAUCUAUCGGCCGGAGAUUAGAACUUUCAAAUGACAUAAUUAUAAGAAGAUUUGUCACAACUUCUGACAAAUAAUCUUGAGCUGGCAAUUCCAUUUCCAUUUCACGAAUGUAAAGGAAAUCUAAACAUUCUACAAAUUAGAGUGUUAGCUUUAUAAAUAAAGUCUAUACUUUCGUGUUUGCGUCAAUAUUUUUAUACAAAAGUCAUUUAUUUCAAUAAUUAAUUAACUAUUAUUAGGGAAUAGUAUAUGUUUUUCAUCAUACCUAUUUGAAAAA